AUGAAGGCCCACCACAAACCUGACGAUGACUAUGACUACCUCUUCAAAAUUGUGUUGGUGGGAGACUCUGGCGUAGGCAAGUCCAACCUGAUCUCCCGUUUUACAAAAAAUGAGUUCAAUAUGGAGUCAAAAUCAACUAUUGGAGUCGAGUUUGCCACACGAAGUAUUGAGGUGGAUGGCAAAACCGUCAAGGCUCAAAUAUGGGACAUGGCGGGGCAGGAGCGCUACAGGGCCAUCACGAGCGCAUAUUAUCGGGGGGCCGUCGGCGCCCUGCUUGUCUACGACAUCACUCGCCAAGUGACUUUCGACAAUGUUGAGCGAUGGCUGAAGGAGCUUCGGGACCAUGGCGACCAGAGCAUUAUUAUUACUCUGGUCGGCAACAAAUGCGAUCUUAAGCAUCUCCGUAAGGUGGCCAUGGACAAGUCUCAAGGCUUCGCUGAGAAGGAGGGGACAUGCUUGCGCUGUCUCAACUACGCUACCGGUGCAUCGGGGGAGCAGAUGAUCGUGGUCACGGCCGUCGAGCAGCUCGUCAUAUUCGUCGUCCUCGCCUUUCUGCAUGUUUUCGUCUCCCUCUUCCUCCGCCGCUCAGACGGAUCCGUGCGGCGAUGGCUGGAGGACAACAUGUUUAUGUCCAAGCCGUGCAACGACUCGUUCACGGGCGGCGUCGCAACGCGAGACGUGGUGAUAAAUCCCCGCACCCGCCUGUCAGCUCGCCUCUUCCUCCCGCGCACAGACCUUGUCGCCGCCACCAUGGGGGAGCGGGCUUCUUUCGGCCUGACUUGCUACCGCGUGCUGCUUUGCUACCUACCCUCGUGGUGCUGCCUGUUCGCGCACGACUGGGACGAGGAACCUGUUGCCGCUGUCCAUCCUAUGGGAGACGCCGACUUCACUGAUCUCGGAAAUGGGACUGCCGCGGCAGCAAGUGCCGCGGAGGUAGCGUCGGCGUUUCGCCAAUGUUCUGGCGUUUGUUCACAGCCACUUGCGCCCGGAACCCGUUUGCCCGUGCUGGUUUUCUUCCAUGGCGGCGGGUUCAUGUACUGCACUGCCGCCUUCCGCGCCUACGACUUCUUCUGCCGCCACCUCGCGCGCCUCGUGGGCUGCAUCGUGGUAAGCGUGGACUACCGCCGCACGCCCCACAGCCGCUUCCCCGAGCCGUACCUGGAUGCACUCGACGCCCUCGCGUGGGUGGGAGAGCAGACCAGUGUUUGCGGGGAAGACGAAAUGUGGCUGGCACAGGGAGAUGUGCGGAAAGGGGGGGAGGCAUGGAGCGGCAGAGAAGUGACGAUGGAUAGUGUGAUGGGAGCGGAAGAAUGCGACGGUGAGCCCCGAGGAGUGGAGCCUUGGCUGCGGCUUUACGGCGACAGCAGGCGAGUGGUGCUCAUGGGCGACAGUGCGGGCGGUAACAUCGUGCACAAUGCAUUGCUCAUGCUGCUGCAACCGUCGCUGGACUUGGCAUCGCCGGUAGGCGGCUCGGCACUGCACCAAGCAGCGACGGACAGAUGUAAGGCACUCUGGGCAGCAGCAGGUGAAAAGGAAUCGCGAGCAGCUGCUUCUGCCAGUAGCGCCUCUUCGCGCGCAGGGCGCAUGCAGCCAGUGAAGGCGUUUGGGCUAACGAUAGUGGCGAGCGUGCUCAUCUGUCCGUACUUCGGGUCCGAGCAGCGGACGGAGUCGGACACCCGGCGGCAGCACAACCUGACGUUCAACCUGCGCAACACUGACCGGGCGUGGCGGGAUUUCCUCCCACCAGGCAGCUCGAGAGACCACUAUGCAUCCAACCCGUCGAAGCUGGCGGACAGCAGCGCGUUGGCGCUGUUUCCUCCCACCGUAGUGGUGGUGGCCUCGCAGGACGUGCUGCACGACCACGGCGUGGCGUACCACGAGCUGAUGCGCCGCCACAAGGCUCCCUGCACCCUGCUUCGCUUCCAGGCCGCUCACGAUUUCGUAGUCAUUUUCCCCAAGCUCAGAGAGAGCGAGAGAUGCUUCGGUGCGCUCUCGUGCUUCAUCGAAACGCUGAUUGGCACGUGA